AUGAAGUGGUUAGUGUUGGUUGCUUUAACGGGAUUUGUUGCCGUUUGUGCAGCUACUCAAGUCAACCAAUGUCCAAAUGGAAAAAUCGAUAAGCUCCAGGAAAAAAUCAAAGUCGGAAACUGCGAGAAGCCACCGUGUAGGUUGAGAAAAAACACUAAAGUUCCACUAACCAUGAAGUUCAUACCGGAAUACAACUACAAAAAUUUGAUUCAGACGGUCAACGCUAAUAUUAUGGGUAUCCCUUUCCCGUUCAUUGGCGUAGAUGGCACCAAUGCCUGUGAUAAAAUCUAUGAAGAGGAUGAGAAGACCAAAAAUAAUUGCCAGUUCCAGAAAGGCAAAACGUAUGUCUUUAAGGAUUCAAUUGAUGUUUUGCAGAUCUAUCCCAGGCUAAAAACCGUUGUCCACUGGUCCCUCACAGAUAGCGAGUCAGGAAAAGAUGCAAUUUGCUUUGAAGUACCAGCCAAAAUUACCAACUAA